AUGUCGGCCAGCAGCUUGGAAUUGCAAGUCUCCUGGGGCGUGCCCUGUGAGUUUCCAGAGGGGAGAGCCUCGAAACAUUCAGCAGUCCCAUGCACGUCGGAGACUGCGGCAAGUGAGGAAGAUCAGAAUCAUCUCCUGGAGCCUUUCAUCGAGCUGAUGUCCCAGAUGAAGGCCACCCGGCCGCAGCACCUGCGCGGCAUCAGGGCUUUCCGAGUCCUGCAACGCGCUCCCUGUAGCUGGAGGCGAGGGCGGCUCCAUCAGCUGUACGCGCUCAGCGAGGCAGCGCAUGAGCUUGACGAAUUUUGGUCCCACAGCUGGCAGACAAGGCCCGUGUUCAAGUACACGAAUGUGCUUUUCCUGAACAACGGCCUGCCGGCAUUUGCUGUGGGCACGCUUUGCGCUGUGGUGUUCUUCUGCCUGCGUGCUUCUGGCUCAGUUUCUUGGCAGAACUUGUGCGUGCCCUGCGGGGCUGUGGGCUACUACUUGACACUGCUGCUGUGGCGGCGGAGGAAGUUGGUCUUCCUGGAUGCUGCAUGCAUACACCAGACUGACAAGACCCUGAAAGCAGAGGGCAUUCUCAGCCUCGGCGCGAUUCUCAAGUGCUCGAGGUCUCUCGUGGUUCUUUGGGAUGAGACAUACGUCUCAAGACUGUGGUGUAUGUUCGAGAUGGCUGCAUUUCUGCGAAGCCACAAGCACCGUGAGCAAGAAAGGCACGCGAGCGUGGUGAUCUGCCCCGUUCUUGUGGGUCCUGCCCUUCUCCUCGGCAAUCUGGGCGCAAGCAUCAUGCUGACGAUUUUCAAAGCAUCGGAGGGGCCGUUUGGGCCACGGCGUUUGCCCAUCAUCGGCAUUCUUGCCUUCCCAUGCUUGACCCUGCUGGCGUACGUAGUUCUGAAGCACUCCAGAAGCAUCGAGGCCAUGCAGGCCCAGGUGCGCUGCUUCACCAUCAAGGACUCUUCCAGCUCCUGCUGCGCGGUAGGGCAUAGCGACCCCGACACUGUGUGCGACCGUGACAUCAUCCUCCGCUGCAUCGCCGCCUGGUUCGGGACCACGGAGCACUUCGAGUCCACGGUGCGCAGCACGCUCCUGACAGCACUGAUUCACCAGCUGGCGAACCGCACCUUCUCGUAUUGGCGCAUUGUGCAGGCAAGCUGCCCUGUUGGGUGGGUGUUCUUAGAUUACAUCUCACAAGAUCCCCCCGAAACGGCGUCUCUACUGUGCAGAGCUGUGAACUACUGGCUGCUGCUUCUGCCAAGCACGGCCGUGGUAAUGCUCCGCCUGACCUACAAGUCGCGCCACCUUUGUGAGGGCUUGGUUGGGCAGCUGCUGCUCUCCAUAGGUUUGGUGGGCUGCUGGGUGCUCCUUUGCGGGAGCCUUUUGAUGCUGAAUGAGUUCAUUCUUCCUGAACUCCUUGGGGGCAGCCUGCGUGGAGCCUUAGUCGGGUUAUUCGUGAUGGGCAUUCUCAACCUCUGGUUAUGGCGGUGCCUACCAGCAAUUCGUGCAUCCCCAUCGGCUCCGGCCGACGGUGCGAGCAGCCACAGCUUGUCUUCGUUGUAA